AUGAGCCCUCCCCAUUCUUCUGGCUAUCUACGCAAGCUGCGACGGAUUCGCACUUCCCCCACUGACUUAAUUCCCCCUUCCACAUCUCGCUACUUCGAGAUGAACCGGUUGUUUGCAUGUGCUCUUGCCGUUUGCUUACUCCCAGGGAUCCAUGGCACGCUCGUAAACCCCAAAUCCAGCUUAACCCACGAUAUCUGCCAGGUAUGUAGUUCAGGAACUCACACCGCAUUUCCCGACGCAGUCCCAUUGGUAAAGCCGGCUGGAGAGAACACGUGUCGAGGAAGCGCUGAAGAAGCUAGCAAACCUAGACAGGUGGGGAAGAAAUCAAGCCAUGCCGACUUCGUGUUAGCGGACACCGGGAAUUUGCGCGAUCCACCUGUGGACAACCCGAGACCAGCUAAGAAGCAAACACAAACCCUGAUCAACUCAAACUACGAAGAUACCAACCAACGCCAACUUUGGCUAGCACAGAAAGUAGAUCUUAAUCAGCUCCCAUCAUCCAGCAAUACGGAACUUUAUGCUUCCGGACUGGAGGAUAUGAGAGAAAGAGUCCCUCCAGAAUUGCUUCCACUGCCAAACCUCAUCUUUCAGGUAGUGAUCAAUCCUGAUGUGCUAGCACCGUAUAAUUUUCGCAUUAAGGCCUCUCUCGAUCUAAUUAGCGAGAAAUACAAUUUCCGAAGUUACACUCGGCAGCCAGAGGAAAAGAUACCAGACUUGCCAGUCUACAUGGUCAGCCGUCUGGCUCCUCAAGAUCACAAACAAGUCGUUGUCCCUCGAAUAGUCGAUACAAAAAACAAACUCUGUUCACCUUAUGCAAUAACGGGUGUCUUGAGCACUUUAAUCAAAUGUGUUAUGUUUUCUCAAAGGGCUUUGUUGAACAGGAUGAAUACAACACCAGAAGAAGCUGUCAGGCAGCGGAUUUCAUUGAUGGACUGGCUACUGGAACGAUUUUUUUCAUCGGAUGGACAAAUUCCGAUUUUUGGAGAGAUCCAAGCAGCUGAAUAUUACCGCCGCAAACUAAAAUUCAAGCCCAUUCAGAGACAUCUCAUCAACCAUUUACACAGCCACACGGAUCCACGAAGCGACUACACCUCGGAAUUCACUUCGCAUGUGGUGAUCGGGAUAUGGUACUUACAGCAACACCCAACGAAAUGGACUGAACAUUUCGAUAAUAAGGAAAUGAAUUUUUGGGCUGCAAUGAAAGAGUCUCUCGCUGUGAUCAACGACGUUAAGAGUAAAUCCGUGCUUCGGACCGAACCAUGGGGGUCCCAAGAUCACAGAGACUGGGGAAAUUUCAAAAUAGCUGAUCUGGAAGAAGUGCUGAGUCCAUUGACCUCGAAAAGAUCGUGGGUUAAAGCGAGGUUCCCUCAAUUCAAGCAGCCAGCUGAAGAACUAUCAUUCUUAGAGCAGGAAAUACUUUAUCGAAGGCAUACGGUCUACAGCGAUGCAUUACCGGUGAAUUGCAGGAAGCGUAUGUUGUCCAUAAAAACAAUACCGCAUUUUACGGGACUCCAGUGCAAUAAAAGAGUACAAAAGGUUCAACAGGGUAGAAGGGAAAUCAUUACAAUAGAGGACAUUUUCCUAAUUAGGUUGUUGGGAUCGACUGUCAAAGAGAACCCCGGUCAAGACGUGGACAAAAGACUUAAAAUACUAAUGAGCGUGCUCAGAGGGUUUUACGACACAUUGAACCUACAUUUAAAAAAGUUGGGCAUCCCAUUUCUUCCUAACUCAAACCCAAGCUAUCUGGAAUGGCUAUCUGGAGUGUUGUUCGACAAGGAGCACAGCUUCCCUAUCCUUGGUUGGAUCCCACAAGGACUGGUUUCAUCUUACACCGUCGAAUUCACGCCGAUUCAACAACAAAUCAUACUUUCUUUAACUUCCCGUCGGACAAACACUCACCUAUUCACUGAUACGGCCGGCUUCCUCGGCUACUGGUGCAAGAACUAUCAACCGGAAUACUGGCACACCUAUUUUAAGGACGAAAGCGGGUUUGGAAAACUGCUACUCAAUGCGAUAAUUAUGGCCACUAGUGGCCAAAGAUGA